AUGGAUCGCGGGAGAGGUGUACUUCAGAAGUGUUAGUCUCUGCAGCUGACACAAAUGUAAUGAGACCACUAAGAGCGCAAGUACGACUAGUGGGGGUGUCGAUCUUGGUAUCGCCCGCCAUCUGGUCUCUAGGGUGGUCGAGAAUGACCAUAACAGGGGCACAUACAUACAUACUAGAAGACCCCGCUAACUGCCUGUUGUAGGUACUAACUCAGAACAAAGGUUUUCGUUUUUCAUCAAGAUCCGUCUGCAAUAACAAAAUAAAGGUACUAUCGUGAGACGAUCUCCCAUUUGCAUUCUGGGUUUUGCGCAGCAGUAGAAUCCGAAGAAGAGACCGCUUUUACAGGAGAGCCUCCAUGGCAUGGGCGUUGGGAGGAAUGUCGGACGGACAUUUCACUUUCCUCAAGUCCUCAUGGUACAGCUGGAACGCUGGAAGCAUCCUCGGAUGCUACCUCGAUUGAAUCUAAUUCACA